UCCGAGCCCCCCGCACAGCCAUGAGCGCCGGGUCGAUUGAGCAGGAGCCGUCGCGCAAGCUGGCCUGCUGCGGGGUGCCGCUCAUCACCGAAGACAUGCAGUCCCUGGCCAUCCGCACCCUCUCGGGCACCGACAUCAACAAGCACUACGACCUCAUCCGCGAGCUCGGCAAGGGCACCUACGGCAAGGUGGACCUGGUGUCCCACAAGAGCACAGGCACCAAGAUGGCCCUGAAGUUUGUCAACAAGAGCAAGACGAAGCUGAAGAACUUCCUGCGGGAGUUCAGCAUCACCAACACGCUCUCCUCCAGCCCCUUCAUCAUCAAGGUCUUUGACGUGGUCUUCGAGACUGAGGACUGCUACGUCUUUGCUCAGGAGUACGCCCCGGGCGGGGACCUCUUCGACAUCAUCCCCCCGCAGGUGGGGCUCCCCGAGGACAUGGUGAAGCGCUGCGUGCAGCAGCUGGGCCUGGCGCUGGACUACAUGCACAGCAAGAGCCUGGUGCACCGGGACAUCAAGCCGGAGAACGUGCUGCUCUUCGACCGCGACUGCCGGCGCGUCAAACUGGCCGACUUCGGCAUGACGCGCAAGGUGGGCUGCCGGGUCAAGCGCAUCAGCGGCACCAUCCCCUACACGGCGCCCGAGGUGUGCCAAGCCGGCCGGGCCGAGGGCUUCGCCGUGGACACCAGCAUCGACGUCUGGGCCUUCGGGGUGCUCAUCUUCUGCGUCCUCACCGGCAACUUCCCCUGGGAGGCGGCGGCCGCCUCCGACACCUUCUUCGAGGAGUUCGUGCGGUGGCAGAAGGGGCGGCUGGCAGGGCUGCCCUCGCAGUGGCGGCGCUUCACGGACAGCGCGCUGCGCAUGUUCCAGCGCCUGCUGGCCCUCGACCCGGAGAAGCGCUGCCCCGUCAAGGAGGUCUUCUACUUCAUCAAGUACGACCUGAUGGCCGAGGUGCGCCGCCGGCCCUCCUACCGCUCCCGCAAGCACGCCGGGGACAAGCUGCCGGCCGGGGCGCACCGCCACGAGGCGGCCGGCUCCUGCACGCCCGCGCCGCUCAAGAGGACCAUCCUGACCGACGGCAGCGGGCCCCGGCUCGCCGGCCCCGAGCCGAACGCGGCCUCGCCUGGGCCGGCCGGCAGGACAGACGGACGGCAGGACAAAGGCAAAGGGCAGAUGGUCCUGGCCACAGCAAUAGAGAUCUGCGUCUGAGGGCGCCGGGGCGGCGCGCGGCUCCUUUCCCAGCGGCUCCAGGCCGGGGGCAGGAUGGGCAAGGAGCUGCUGGCGGUGGUGGCAGCAGGACCGGGAGCCGUUCCUCCCGAAGCAAAAAAACAACAACAACAAAAACGAAACCAACAACAACAAGAAAAACCAAGAGGAAAAGGACAAAACUGGUUGCGCUCGGUAGCGCCGAGGAUGCUGGCCCCGCUGUCCCGCCCGGGUGGCAGGAGCUGGGGAGGACGCCGGUGCCACCGUCCCCUGCCCAGCAGCUGCGCUGCCCCUUCCAGGACCCCCCUGCAGUGGCAUGGGGAGGGGUCCCCCAAUAAUAAUAAUGAGACGGGGGCUGUGCUGGGACCCCCGCCACGCCCGGCCCCAGGAAGGCCGAUGACCCCACGCCAUGGAGGAGGCCUUCGGGGCGGCGCGCUGACCCCUCCCCACCGAUCCCUGCCCCGCCGGGGGGACCGGGAGGGGGCGAGGAGGCCGGUGAUGGAGGAGGCCCCCCCGGCUGGCUCCAUGCCGCGGGAGGUGCUGCGCACCCGCCGCCGUGCGCCGGCAGCCAUUGAUGUAGCAAGUGUCACUGUGUGUCACCCUGUCCUCCCUGCCCCGGCGCGGGGUGGCGAUGGCCGGAGGGACCGGUCCCCUCCCUGCUGGGGCUGGGGGCUGUGUGGGCUGGGGGGGGAUGGACAAAGGGCCAGGGUCCGCGAUGCUCCGGGGGGCUUUGCAGCCUUUUCCUACCCAGGGACUAAAUGCGGUGGCACAUCUCCGGGGCUGGCCUGGCGGCUCCUGCACGGCCAGGAGGGAGCUGAGGGGGGGACAACAGACACACACCUUUCAGCCACCUCCCCAGGGUCCUCCAUAGGGUCCCCGUCACCCCUCCUCGCUGCCACCCUGUCCCCAGCACCCCGGGGGCUGCCCGUGGCGAGGCAGGGCAGUGGCAGGAGCCACGGUGGCCCCUUCGCGCCGAGGACACGGGGGCAGAUGACCCCCCCCCAACCCUGGCAGGGCUUCGCUGGUGCUGCUGCAGGACCCACGGGCAUGGGGGGUGGGGGGCACCCCCAGCACCCCCAUCCCCUCCGGACCCCAAACUACCGCACAAAGGGCUAUCACGCUACCCCGAAGCAGCAGCAGUUUACACAGCAGCCGCCAGGCAGGCGGGGGUCCCGCCGUGUCCCCCCCCGUGCCCCCGCCGCAGCCUGCCACCGGUGCCGCUGCCCCCCGUCCCCGUCCCCCCCCCCGCCCAGCCCUGCCCACCUGCAGGGGCCCAGGUCCGGUUUUAGAAGUAGCAUCGCACAGACUUAGAGACGUUAGGCGCGGUUUUUUUCUCCUUUUUGCCUUAGGUCCCUUGAUGUCCUCGAUCUUUCGUGCAAUAAUGUAGGUAAGGAACCCAGGGCUCCCCGGAGCGUCCCUUCGCGGGGCGGGCACCGGGUCGCCGCCUCGGUCGGUUUGUCAGGUUUUUAUUUCGACUUCCCUCGGCUGUCGGGUUUCGGACCUUCUUCCCGUAGGAGAGGCUGUAGUGUCACAGACGUUACCUCAGUUUGUCACUGUUGAAAAGGAAAAAAAAAAAAAAAAAGCAACUAAAAA